AGUCAACACUCCUUAAUAAAAAAAAAAAGGUUCUCUAUAUCACCGUGCUUACAAAAACCAGUCAGAACAUAUAAAAAAUUUCAUUAAAAUAUAAAUUUCACGUAAGAACAGUGCAAAACCGAAAAUAAAAUAAACUGACGACUUUAAAACUGAAUUUAUACUUAAGUUGCGUGAACAGUGUAAUGAUAAAUAUGUAGUGGAAUCUUAAAAAUUAAUGACUUUCAAAUUUCAAAAACAUUGAAGCACACAGAUCGACGACUUUACGCAUAUUUAAGUUCAUAAAACAGUAAGAAAUUACUAAGACAGAGUUAAAGUAUAAAAGUUCUCACGCUCUCCUUUGUGCAAGUAAAUACUAGAAAACUCGAAGAUUAAAUUAAAUUUAUACAUGUUCCAUUAUACGUCCAUGCAUCAACUAUAUAAUUCUGGUCGAGGCCGAUGACGUGCUCGCAAUGCAAUUUCAUUCCCAGUAAACUGAGUCAGGCUACUUGCUGGGUUCUAGAAAUUGCAAAUAAAGUAUAAAGAUGCAAACAUGAACUUCACUUAGUAAAAGCGAUAAAGUACGACAAACGUGUUUCGCAAUUGCUGAAUUAAUAAAGCAGAAAAAAGUGGAAUUAAAAACACACUGUGCACACAGUUGAGUAGUUAAUCAAGCUUAAUAUUAACGACAAUGUGUACUCGUUGCGAGUGUUGACGCACAAAAAGACCCAGUUGAAGAUUAUUAACACACGUCAGUUCAAAAAAAGACACUAUUGAGAGCUACGUAAUUUAAAUAUUCAAGUGAAAAUGGCGGUAAAUAUAAAAGAGAGAAAGAGCGUUGACGUCAUCCUGCCAAUGGACGUGGUUAGUGAUAACUAUUCAAAUCGAGCUGAACCGUCAAUUAAAAUGUUACGUACUGACAACGGCAAUUUCGAUACUAAUCACGCGGAAAAGGAACCUUUAAUGGAAACUGAUAAUACGAAUAAUCCAAAACCCACUAGUGGACCUGAAAUCGAUGAUCUUGAACCGGAAGAUAAGGUUGUACCUAGUUCAGAUAACGAUGAGGGUAUAGAUGAUGGUCUUUUACCCGGAAACGGUUCAGUCUAUCCUAGAGAUGAUUCUGAUCAACCAGCAGAUCCUUUUCCAUCAUUUCCGGCUGCCCCACCAGGACCUGGCAGUGGAGUUCCAGUACCUCGUAACUCACCUGAUGUUAAUGUAUAUCAGCAGAAAAAAACUAUUGCUCAAGGGAUGAUGGAUCUUGCUUUGAUAUCCGCAAAUGCUAAUCAGUUUCGUUACGUACUUCAAACUAGUGGACGGCACCCAUUUUAUUAUCCUUCUUUGAUUAUGAUUGGUUUGAGUCUGUUACUACAGGUCGUUGUUGGUAUUGGCCUUAUUUGGAACAGCUGUUAUAACAUUAAGAUACAUAAUCAAAUGUGCAUGGCUAAUAAGGCUAAUAAUUUAACAGUUAGUGGUAUCUUCUUGAUUACCAUUUUAAACGUGUUUAUAUCAUCCUUUGGUAUUGUUGAAAAUAUAGACUCAAGAACUUUUGUGGACUCUACGAGUGUGCAGUGAUUCAUCUGUAUUAACUGAGAAAAUUACUGGGUUUUUCAAGCCAAAUGCAUCACCUGAACGUGUGGUUUUACCAUAAGAAUUAAAAUGGGGGCGUUAACUUCAGGUGGUACAUAUAUGGAAACCAUUGAUCCUAUGAAGCACUUGAGGAAAUCCAUUCUUUGAUGUU